AUGCGACACGCAUUUGUUGGAUUAAUUGUGUGCUGGCUGGCAGUUUGUCAACCGCAAGCGGAGGCGCAGUUUGCGGGUUUUGGCUUUCAGCCACAGCAGCAGCAGUUCUAUCAGCCCCAGCAGCAGCAAUUCUAUCAGCCCCAGCAGCAGUUGCAGCCGCGCCAACGUCCUGGGUCCGUGUCCAAGGCCAACACCAAUGCCUAUGAGCGGCAGGUGGACUUUGGCAACAAUGUGGAGUACACCCAGGGAUUGUCGAACUCGCGGGCCGUGACCCGCCAGAACGGACAGCGAACGGUGACGAACAGUCAGGCGCAGAAUCGUGACGUGGAUAUUGGUGGCCUGCAGAUUGGCAACACGCUGACACGCACCAAGACCAAUGCCAACGGAGCUGUGUCCCAGGGCAUUGCCAAUCAGUUUAGGAUCGGAAAUCUGGGUCUGGGCGCCUCGCUGUCGCCAACGAACUUGCAGCAGGGACUCGGCCUGCAGCGUGGCGCGGAUGGAGAUCUGCGUUUGGGCUUGGGUGUGCUCAGCCUGGAUCUGGAUCGCAAUGUGCCCAACUCGAAUGCGUUGACGCAGGCCCAGGUGAAUGCCCAGGGCAAGGGAGCGCGCGUCAAGUCGAACAGCAAUGCGUUGACCAACACUCAGCAAUAUGGCGGCGUUACCGUCACGGACACACGCGCCAAUUCGAAUGCCGUGGGCAAGGCGCGACGUGGACAGACUUCGGCGACCACUGGCGGAUUCGGUGGCAAUGCGGCGACCAAUGGCCAGACCUACGGCGGUCCCUUCCAGCAGCGUGUGGUGCGACAGCCCCAGCAACAGUUUGCCGUGCGGCGUCCCAAGCGUCGGGCACAGUUCGUGCCCUUUGGCUAUCCCGGCGGCGGCUUUGGCGGACCUUUGGGCUUCGAUCGUCCGCGUCGGCAGUUCGGCGGCGGCUUUGGUGGCCCACAAUUUGGUGGCGGCUUUGGUGGACAGCAGUUCGGUGGACAGCAGUUUGGUGGACCACAAUUUGGCGGUGGCUACGAGAACUUUGGACAGCCGCAGCAGCAGCAGCAGCAGCAGCAAAACAAGAAACAGAAGAACAACAAAAACCAACAGCAGCAGGCUCAAGGCAAUGCCAAUGCCCAGGGUGGACCUGGAUUCGAUCAGCAAGCAUCGACCAAUAAUCAUGCGAGCAAUGGCAACACUGGCUCCAGCAGCAUUGGCUCGAACCUUGCACAGGAUGGCAGCAGCGGGCAGGUGAGCUCCGCGAAUACCAAUCAAAUGAACACCCAAACGGCGGGCGGCUUCGACAAUACUCAGAACUCGCAGAGUCAAGCGUUGAACUUCAAUGCUGGGGAGCAGCAGGCAUCCAGUGCGAAUGCCAAUACUCAGCACACGCAGGAGGGCAACCGCGAGACUGUCGGCUCCAACAGUGGCUCCACGGCCACCAACAAUAAUCAGUUUGGUUCCUCCACGAACACGGCGCAGACGAACAGCCAAGUGGUGCGCGAGGGCAAUCGUCAGGAUGCGACCAGCGAUGCCAGCAGCCAGUCGAUAUUCCAGGGCACCGGCCAGAAUCCAGGCAAUGCCGCUGCCAACACCAAUGCCCAGACCAGCUCCCAGACGGGCCCCAAUGGUUAUGUCAGCAAUUCAGCGUCGAGCAGCGCCUCGGCCACCAGCCAAAAUGGACAAUCGGCCAAUGCCAAUGCGAAUGCGAAUGCCGGCGGUGCCGGUGGCAACGGUGCGAAUGCCGGCGCCAAUGGUGGUGCAUUCAGUGGCUUCGGCGGUGGCGCGAAUGCCAAUAGCAAUGUCUAUGGCGGCUUUGGCUUCUUUGGCCGUUAGUAGGCAGAUGAUCUCUCCAUGCAGGGAGUCGUCCCCAUUUUUCUUUGUGUAUUUUUCAUGUGUUUUUUUUGUUCUUAUUUAA